CUUCAAAAGCUAAAUAAACAAUGAGACUAUCUAUGAAAUUGACCCACCAACAUACAUUAAGGAAACAAACAUUGGAUCUCACCAGAAAAUGAAACAGCUUUUUAAACUUCACCAACCGGUAGUUGUUCAUCUCCCAACCUUAAUUCACAUAAGUUCUUCUGUUUUCAGUUUACCCAAGAACAACAUGCAGCUUCAUCAAAGCAAGAAUGAUAACCACCCACACCACACCUUGGCCGAAUCGUCAAAUCCAUCUUCUCUUUUCCAUUGCAUUGUCCUCACUUUUGGUUCUAGGAACCGUGAGGAUCAUCUUAGACGAAAUGAAGAGCGACAGCAAUCCAUUUCUCAAGCUAGUUUACGGAGGAGGCAACAGGCACAACAAGGUGAUCAUGAGAAUGCCUAUCAAUAUAUCGAAGGAUGAGUUAAUUGAAGAGGGGUGCAAUUUAUUUGAAGGGAAAUGGGUAUUGGAUAACAUUUCUUAUCCUCUCUACACAGAAGAGAGUUGUCCUACCUUGGUUAAACAAGUCACUUGCCAAAAGAAUGGCAGGCCUGAUUCCCUUUACAAGAACUGGAGGUGGCAACCCAAUUCUUGUAACUUACCAAGGUUUAAUGCAUUGAAGUUGCUGGAGAUAUUGAGAGACAAACGAAUGAUGUUUGUGGGAGAUUCAAUACAGAGAGGCAUGUUUGAUUCACUAGUCUGCAUGUUGCAAUCUGUAAUUCCUCGAGAAAAGAUGUCACUCAAAAGGAUUCCUCCAAGGAAAAUCUUCAUAGCUGAGGAAUUCAAUGCAUCAAUUGAAUAUUUCUGGGCUCCAUUUAUAGUCGAGUCUAACUCAGACAAUGCACUUAAUCACACUGUCAAGAAGAGACUGGUCAGACUCGAUUCAAUUUCAAAUCACAGCAAGCAAUGGGAAGAUGUGGAUAUCUUAAUCUUUGAGAGCUACAUUUGGUGGAUGUAUAAGCCACAAAUCAAUGCAACAUAUGGAUAUCCUCCCAAUGUGCAAGAAUACAAUGUCACAACCGCUUAUAGACUAGCAUUAGAAACUUGGGCAGAUUGGAUCAACACUAGCAUCAAUGAAAGCAGACAGAAGGUUUACUUCAUGAGCAUGUCACCAACACAUCUAUGGAGCUGGGAAUGGAUGCAUGGAAGUGAUGGAAACUGCUUCAACGAAUCGAGCCCAAUUCACGAUAACUUAUAUAGGGGAACAGGUUCAAAUAUAGAAAUCAUGGAGAUCCUGAGGAAUGUGUUGGGUAAUUUGAAGACAGAUGUAACAUUGUUGAACAUAACACAAUUGUCAGAGUAUAGGAAAGAUGGACAUACCUCAGUUUAUGGUGAAAGUAGAGGCAAAUUAUUGACAAAGGAGCAGAGAUUGGAUCCAAAGAAUUUUGCUGAUUGCAUCCAUUGGUGUUUGCCCGGAGUUCCUGAUAUAUGGAACGAGAUUCUGUAUGCACAUGUACUAAAAGAUUACCACUUGAAAAGAAUAAAAAAACAUAAUCCCCCUCCUUUUUAAUAUGAGAAUGAAGUUUCAUUAUGAAGUGGAACUAAUCAGCAUUUGAUUUCAGUUAAAGGCUCUUAUUAGAACUAAUGCCUACUUGAUUUCAGUUAUUCUGUUCAUUUAGAGUAUACUCUUUUUUUUAUAUAUAUUUCAAAUCGAAUAAUAAUAACAUACAACUUAAACGCAAGCUAAGCAAGCAAAUUCGAAUCAAUGUUGUUAUUUAUUUUCUUAAAGGAAUUUUGUUUUGGGUUACAAGUUUGGUCUAAAGUUGUAAGUUUUUGUAACUUAUACGAAUAAAAG